AAGCGACAAAAACUUGUUUCUGGAGUUUUACACCUCAGUUUUGAAAAUGCAGGGCAGAAUGUGGGCAGGACUUUUACUUGCACCUCCUUUUUCACAAAGAAGUCAAUAUACUUGUAGAGCAGUAGAAAUCUGUCACUCAGGAGAUAAUAGUUUUUCUACAUCCAACAACCAAAAUUUACAGUAUGGAUCCACAUUCAAAAACAGUGCUCUGCUGGAUUUGUCUUCAAGUGAUCUUUGCCUCUGUUUUGUCGGAUGUGUGGAAGGCAGAAGUUGAACCUGAAAUGAAGGCACUUGUCUCAUCUUGUGUUGUGUUGCCCUGUAAGUUUAAUUACCCUGGCACGGAGCUUCCUAGCUCUCGGCUGAAGGGAAUCUGGCACGAAAAGUCAGACAAAGAGCGAAAAAUCUACGACGAAGAUUCUUUAAACAUCGCCGAUAGCUUUAAGGAUCGCACAAAGCUAAUUGGCCGACUGAGUGAGAAAAACUGCUCACUGGAGAUAGAUGAUGUAAAAGACCAUGACAACGGCCCAUUCUGUUUCAGAAUUGAAAUUCCAGGUAGAGAUAAAUUCUCCUUCGUGGAGCAGUGUGUGAACAUCAUCAUGAAGUCUGAACCUGACAAACCACAUCUGGAUAAAGAAGAGUCCUUCGUGGAGGGAACACCUGCCAUCUUUAAGUGCACUGUCAUACACACCUGUCCCACACACCAGCCAACUAUUGAAUGGAGUCGUAAAGAUGUUAAAACUCGUUCAUCCUAUAGGGACCAGGGCCAUGGAGUAUGGGAAGUGGAGUCCCUCCUAACCUUCACUACCACAGAGCAGGAUGAUCACACAAACAUCACCUGCACUGUCACUUAUUAUGGUGACAGAAAAACUGCAGUCACUAGCAAGAUAUAUGUCAAACGUAAGGAGAAUUUCUUUCACAUCAUUGUUCCUGUGGUUGCUGUGUUCGGGACUGUCAUUUUAUUUGGAACUGCAUGCUUCUUCGUGACCAAGAGAUACAAGCAACAGAUCCAAGAUCUCCAAUCCAGAAAUCCAAAUGGGGUAUGGAGUCGUCUCUCCAGAAUGUCUCAUAGGGUCAGGUCAGUUGGAUGGAUGAGGAGUAUGAAACAGUGCCUGAUUUUUUCACAACUAAUCUAAGUAGACUUAUCUGU